AAUAAUAAAAAAAAUAAAAUAGAAUUCUCAAAAUACUAGUAGCUAGCCAGAUAAGCAGCCUAUACUCUCCUAACCAUUUGCCUGAGUUCUUUGUGCAGUGCAAACUUUCUCCUCUCCGCUCUAUUUUUGUCAUCUGUCUCUUCUUCCAGGUAAGUGAUGGCUGCAGAAGAGGACUCCAUUGAACAAGCUGCAGUAGCUCGCCGAGAUAGGCUGAGAGCGCUUAAAGCUGCUCAGGAACUGCUAAACACUCCAGACAAGGACUCUGCUCAAGCUGCUGAGAAUGGAACUAGCGAAGAAGAUAAUCUCAAUAUGAAAUUUCGGAACUAUGUUCCUCAUGAUAAGCAGCUUCAGGACGGAAAGCUUGCUCCACCAGUGCUACCAAAGUUUGAAGACCCUGUUGCAGCUGCUCCUCCACCAUCAGAAAAUGAGGACCCAUUUGUGAAUAUUGCUCCAAAGAAACCAAAUUGGGACCUUAGGAGGGAUGUGCAGAAGAAACUGGAUAAGCUCGAAAGACGCACCCAGAAGGCAUUGUAUGAGUUAAUGGAUGGUUCUACCAUGUGGACUACAAUGUCAGAGGAAGAAGAAAAACAGAAGCAAUUGGCUGAAGAUGGUGGUAAUGAUGCACAAGACUAGGAAUAUAAUUUACGUACUUGAAGCUGAGUUGGAAAAUUCUGGCAAAAGUGAUCCGGAAGAACUGCGUUGAGUUUAUGUAAGCAGAUAACAGUUACGAAUUUUUUUAAUUGUGAACUGGGUAAAAUGGUUGAAAUUUAGAUGAAGUGCCAUAUUCCUUA